AAUCAACUUUCCAUGAUACACAGUGAUCGAGUAAAAGAGUGCUGCCGUUGAAGCGGGAUUCGUUUCCUCUCUUCAUAGCAUUCCAUUCAUCCUUGGUCAGCCUGUUGACCGAAAAGAAAAAAUCGGCUGCAGCAGCGUCGCUCCGAUAACGCUAAGAUUAGCCACGCCCUGCGGACAUCACUCGCUCAUUGAGUCACUUCUCCAUUAAAACCCUCACCCUCUCUCUCCAUGAUACCCAUUGUACAAUAUACUUCCUCAUAAUGGCUCUCCGAAUAUCUGCAAAGCGAUUGGCAGCUACUCUUCAAGCUAGCAAUGCAUCAACAUCCGUCAAUGGCAUCCUGAAGAGGAAUGCAUCGCAAGCAGCUGCUGCGGCUUCAAAUCUGCCAGAGGCUACCAGAAAUGAAAUCUACGUAUAUCACAUGGUUGCUUUGGAAAUACAGUACUGACGAUAUCUUGUAUAGCGCGAAGCCAGCCUCUCAAACCCCGAUCCUGCCGCAGACUCCCCCACAGCAGCUCUGGUCAACGAACAAGCCCCAUUCAUGGUCAAGACCUAUGUCCGCCCCCGACCAAUCUUCGUGAAAGGAGAGGGGUGUUAUCUUUGGGACGUUGAGAACAGGAAAUAUCUCGAUUUUACAGCGGGAAUAGCAGUCAAUGCAUUGGGACACUGCGAUCCAGAAAUCAGCCGUAUCAUUGCUGAUCAGGCAAAAACACUCAUCCAUACCUCGAAUCUAUACCACAACCCUUGGACCGGUACCCUUUCCGAACUCCUAGUCCAGAAGACCCUCGAGUCGGGAUCUAUGCACGAUGCGCGUGCCGUAUUUAUCUGCAACUCUGGCACCGAAGCCAACGAAGCAGCCAUAAAGUUCGCUCGCAAGUCAGGCAAAGUCUUGGAUCCCUCCGGCGCCAAACACGAAGUCGUAUCAUUCAAUGGCGCAUUCCAUGGCCGGACCAUGGGUGCCCUAUCCGCGACACCAAACCCGAAAUACCAGAAACCAUUCUCGCCUAUGCUUCCCGGAUUCAAAUAUGGUACAUACAAUGAUGUAGCUGCUAUCAAUGAGCUAGUCACAGACAAGACAUGCGGUGUGAUCGUGGAGCCCAUACAGGGCGAAGGUGGAGUCAUUGUCGGAUCAGAGGAGUUCCUAGUAGCUCUCGCAAAGCGCUGUAGGGAAGUCGGCGCGGUCUUGAUAUACGACGAGAUCCAAUGUGGUCUGGGACGUACAGGCAAAUUCUGGGCUCACGCCUCCCUCCCAAAGGUCGCCCAUCCAGAUAUAAUCACCACUGCCAAAGCCCUCGGCAAUGGCUUCCCCAUCGGCGCAACUAUCGUCAACGGUUCAGUAAGCGAGAAGAUCGUAGUAGGCGACCACGGAACCACAUUCGGCGGCAACCCCCUCGGUGCUCGUCUAGCUCACUACAUCGUCAGCCGACUUUCUGACCCUAAACUUCUCGCCAAUGUAGGAACCAAGAGUGCGCUCUUCAAGAAGCAUUUCGCUGCUCUGCAGACCAAAUAUCCUGAACUUGUCAAGGAGAUCAGAGGUAGGGGUCUACAUUUGGGGUUGCAGCUUACUCAGGAUCCGACGCCUAUUGUGACAGCUGCUAGGGAGAGGGGGUUGUUGAUCAUCACGGCAGGGACGAACACUUUGAGAUUCGUGCCAAGUUUGACGAUUACGGAGGGGGAGAUCGAGGAGGGAAUGAAGGUCCUGGAUGAGGCUAUGAAUGUUGCGAUUAACGGGGAGGGACCGGCUUGGGAGCAGGUUCAUGGGGAGGUUGACUCGCCGAACUAAUUGCUGUUAUCGAAGAGUGGUAGAUGAUGAGGUUGAUUUGGUGCAUAUAUGGAGUUUGGAGUUGGGGUAUAAAUAAAAGUUCUGUUCUGCAAUUUGUGCAGGAUAGGACGCUGCAAUCUAUUUCGAGCAUCGGAUCUGUUCACGACAUCUUACUUCCUUUGUUUCUUCUCUGCACUCUCGUCAACCUGCUAUUCUUGGUCCCCAGACUUCCUUGCUCAUGCUAUUUUGUUCCAUGGCGCUUUCAUGUUUGGCAUCUGAAUGCUGACAGGGAAAGGUAUGACGUGUUAUAAGGGAGAUUUGGGAGAGAGGAAGACCUCGCGGGAUGGUCAAGUCGAAGCUUUGAGGUCAUGCGAAUGAUUGGAAUCUAAGGACACAAUCAAGGUAAAAUAUAUGGGUUCCAAUUCCAGUUUGUAUACAUUUAUGUACAUCUCGUCGAAUCAUGACUUU